ACUUCCCCACUCUCAGCUCCAAACAAAGGAAACGAAGGAAAAUCCCCGCCCACCCACUCACUAAUCACUUUCUUCCCUGCCCCACUCGCGCCGAGUGCGGCCGGCGGUACGGAAGCACACGCGCGGUCCCCCUCUCCCUCCGCCCACCCAAUGGCCCUCUCUCAGUUUCAGCUUCAGCUGCCUCCCUCUCCCUCCGCCUCUCCUUUCGAUGAUAUAAUCCAUCCAUCCAUCCUCCCCUCCUUUCUCUCUCCUCCACUCCUUUCAUUACCUCCCCCAAGCCAACACCUCAUCUCCUCACAUUUCCCCCUCUCAACUAUUAUGUGGAGCUCCUCAAAUUUCUCCAGCUCUCCGCUUCACGCAUUACUCGCCUCCUCCGCCACCUCCCGCUCGCUCGCUAGGGUUUCCUUCCAUCCUUCCUCUCUAAAUCUCUCCUCUCGGCUCUCCAGCUUGGCGUCUUCCGCUCCGCCUUCGUCUUGGAUCUCGUCGGCACGACUUGCCGCUGGUGCUCGGAGGUCCGCGUGUCCCUGCGUGCUGUACUCAUUCAGAAUCAAAGGAAUGGCUGAGCUCGUCCAGGACAAGGACGCCACUGUCACUGCUUCCGGCUCCGGUGACGAUCCAGAGAAGUCGAACGAGGAAGUGAAGCACUCGCGCACUUUCAUUGAGGCGAGGUCUGAAGAAGAGCUGCUUUCUGGAAUCAGAAAGGAAGCAAAAGUCGGAACACUGUCUCCAAAUAUGGCAGCAGCAAUGGAAGAAUUGUUUCACAAUUACAAAAAUGCAGUUCUCCAAAGUGGGAUUCCCAAUGUGGAUGAGGUUGUACUAUCAAAUAUGAGUGUUUGCCUUGAUCGAGUUCUAUUGGAUGUAGAGGAACCUUUUGUCUUUUCUCCAUAUCAUAAAGCACUACGGAAGCCUUUCGAUUACUACAUGUUUGGCCAGAAUUAUAUUCGUCCUUUAAUUGAUUUUGGGAACUCAUAUGUCGGAAAUAUCUCAAUAUUUUAUGAUAUUCAGGAGAAGCUUCAGCAGGGUCAUAAUGUUGUCUUUAUCUCCAAUCACCAAACAGAAGCAGACCCUGCUGUUAUUGCUCUAUUGCUUGAAAUGACACACCCAUACAUUGUAGAAAACAUGACUUAUAUAGCUGGAGAUAGAGUUGUGACAGAUCCUCUUUGCAAGCCUUUCAGCAUGGGAAGGAACCUAAUCUGUGUGUACUCGAAAAAGCACAUGCUUGAUGUUCCCGAGCUUGUUGACAUGAAAAGACGGGCAAACACUCGGAGUUUGAAAGAAAUGGCUGUGCUUCUAAGGAGUGGAUCCCAAUUAGUUUGGAUUGCACCAAGCGGUGGUAGAGAUCGGCCUGAUCCUAAGACGGGAGAAUGGCAUCCAGCACCAUUUGAUACAUCUUCUGUGGACAACAUGAGGAGGCUCGUAGAACAUUCUGGUGUUCCUGGCCAUAUAUAUCCUUUAGCACUGUUGUGCCAUGAUAUCAUGCCACCUCCGCUUCAGGUUGAGAAGGAAAUUGGAGAGAGAAGAGUCAUUGCUUUUCAUGGAGUUGGAUUAUCAAUCGAGCCGGAAUUCAAUUUCAAUGAUAUUACUGCCUCCUGUGAAAACUCUGAGCAGGCUAAAGAGACAUAUUCCCAGGCACUAUACAAGUCCGUGAAUGACCAAUAUGAUGUCUUGAAAUCCGCUAUACAUGGAAAACAAGGAAUUGAAGCGUCAACUCCGUCCAUCUCAUUGUCACAACCUUGGAAUUAGGAUGACUGCUGUGCGCUUUCCAGGCGCUGCAAAAGGUUUUCCUCGUUACUUGGACAUAGUGCGUGCAACUUGCGGACACGGGAACUGUGCUGGCCCUAUUUUAUGUGCGAGAGAGAGAGAGAGACAGAGAGAGGGAGGGGGAAGCCAGGAACUUCUCCAUUCAAGCCCUCAAGGACGAAGCUUCCGUGAAAAGAAAAACCUCUCAAGGGAAGUAGUAAGUACUCUCUCUGUACUGUGUCUCUCUCCCCCCCUCUCUCUCUCUACUGUGCAUACUUUGUGCUGUUUCUACUGGGAGCUGACUCACCUCAAAUCCACACAGUCUGCUACUGUGGACAGACAGCUGAUCAGCAGGAGACCAGCCCCCUCCCAUCCCAUCCCACCCUUAAUAGCCGGUAAUAGAGGGGCCCCCUUUACAUCCCAAAUUAGUAGUAGUAACGGUAACGGUAGGAUUAUUUUUUGAAUUCUUUUAGUUCAUGUUCCCCCAAACCCUCCGCAAGCAAGGAAGCCCCUUCAAUUUUGGUGGCGUCCAAAUAAUUGACACGAGAUUUUAUCUUCUUCUUCUUCUUAUUGCAAACAUAUCACGAGCGCUGUUAAAUGCCAGCUGUCCCUUUUAAAUCUUUGGUUUCAGUGGGGUGAUUUACUUCCACCCCCUUAGUUAAUAGUAGAGGAAGAGUAAUACUAAUAAUAGAUUCAUUCAAUGCCCGAGCUAGCUAUUACCCUAUUACCUGAGGCAUGUAUAGGGGGUUGUUCACUACUUGGCUGUUGAAUGAAUCCAAUUAGUUGUGUGUUCUGUCUC